AUGGAUGGUGGACCUCACAGUGUGGAGAGACCACGGAAUCCCUCUGACUCUGAGCGGCCUCGUCCGGUGGGGGAUGGUGCAAGAAUUCAGGGGAGGAGGAGCCAUUUCUCUGAAGGUGGGGACGUUGUUGGCUCUGGCCCCCGUGUGGCCGCUCAUCAGAAACCUCGCCGCGUGAAGAAGCUUCAUUCCUGUUCUGAGUGCGGAGAAUCUUUUAUUCAUAAAUCUAAACUGGUGGUACAUUACAGAUCUCACACGGGGGAGAAACCGUAUUCCUGUCCCGAGUGCGGGAAAUGGUUUUCACUGAAGUCCUGUCUCUCCAGACAUCAGAAAUUACACACGGGGGAGAAGCCUUACGCCUGUACUGAGUGCGGGAAAAGUUUUACACGAAAAUCCGAUCUCGUCAUACAUCAGAGAUCUCACACGGGGGAGCGGCCGUAUUCCUGCUCCGAGUGCUAUAAAUGUUUUUCCGAUAGGACCGGUCUUACCAAACAUCGGCGGUUGCACACAGGCGAGAAGCCGUAUUCCUGCCCCCAGUGCGGGAAGUGUUUUUCCGAGAAGUCCCAUCUUAACGCACAUCAGAAGUCACACACAGGCGUGAAGCCACAUUCCUGCCCCGAGUGUGGGAAAUGCUUUUCCCGGAGGUCCCAUCUAACGGAACAUCAGAUAUACCACAGCCAGGAGAAGCAGUUCUCCUGCCCCGAGUGUGGGAAAUGUUAUCCACGGAAAUCAAGACUCGUCAAACAUCGGAACACUCACCUGGGGAAAAGCCGCAUUCCUGACCCGAGUGCGGGAAAUGCUUUCCAAAGAAGUGACAUUGAAGAGAGCCCCCUGCUGGCUGGAAGGGGUUAA